AUGUAUAGCAUUCAGGUAGAAGCCAUGUUCCAAGUUGUCUCCUGGUACACCAAGCAAGCACAUACCACGGACGCCAAGUUUACAAUAUUCGCGGGGAACACACCCGUGCUCGGAAUCAAAGUCACCAAAUGGCCUCCCGAAAGAAACACGGACGCAGCAGCGCUGAAUUACAACCUCAUGGCAGAGCAUACGUCCUUCAAUACUACCGGACAGCCUGUGACUCUGCGUAAAUACCCUACCACCGUGUCCACAUCACCCGCCUCUCCGUAUUCAAUAUCCACCACGAACGAUACGGCCACCCCAUCCCUAUCCAUGUCCAGUCGCGAGGGCGUUACUGCCAUCUACCGCUUCCAACCCCCCACUCUCAUCGAACAAGGGUUCUUCCUCGCACUCACUUGGGCUUUAGUUGAGCUUGCAAGACUGGCAAAGGACUAUUCAUUUAGGGGUAAUGCCAAUUACAAACUUGAAGACGUGCCUUACGAUUUUGAUAUCAUAAGUUUGCAGGAGAAUGAACCGACGAUGAAGAAUGAAGAUAUCAUUGAGGCCGUGAAGUAUAUAGCGACGGAGAAUGUGAGGCUAGGGAUAUUGGCUACAACGGUCGGGGAGAUAUAUUGGACGAGAUCCGGUGCGACGAGGAUAUUAGGGGAGGUGAGGUUGGGGGGCAUGUUGAUGUCGAAAUAG